AAUAUCAGACUGUUGACUUCAUAUUGUUUGGAUAUAUUUCAGGUUAUCAAUGCCGCUGUGGGGAAUCUGAAUGAGGACUUGGACUAUGACCCUCAAGUAGUCAUCUUGUGCGAUAAAGUUACGAGACAUGUUGACGUCAACACUGGGGACUGGAUUGUAGACAAGAACUCAUCCAGACUUUGUACUACAGAUAGGAACGAAAUCUUAAAGUAAGAAGAAAAUAAGGCAAUUUAAAAUAUUUUAGGACAUGGUUAUAAUGGUUUUUGUUCAAAACUUAAGAUGCUGACCACCCUGAAAUCAUGGGUUUACACAAUACUGUAGUGGCUAUCAACAACGUUGUCAGCAGCACAGGGCUCCUUGUACAGAAAAAAAAAUUAAAAAAUUUAUUCUCUGUGAAAAAUAAAGUGAGGGUAAAAAAUAUUAUUAUUGAUGUUACACUCAUUGAUAUCAAAGAUUUUAUUACCAUGAAAGUAAAUAAUUCAAGUAUGUUUUGCGUUUUUUUGUUUUCUAGCAAGUUCUUUAAUGCUUUUAGUGUUUCUGAUUGGCAGAGCUAAAAGGAACUUAUACUUAUCAAUCUUGCUGAUUUGUUUUUCUUAUGAAUGUACACAUUGUAUUUAAAACUGCUGUGAUUUGUCUGGCCAACUGUACAAAAACACACGUAUAUUGAAUCACAAGCAAACACAAUACAAAUAAAAAAUUAGUUGGAGAAACUAGCGCUUUAUCAGAAGUCAUUUGAGGCUAUUCCAGGCGAUUUGCUUUUGUUUGUUUUUGUUUUCUUACCUUAUUCCUUUUGAUUUAGGUACUGCCAGGCUGUGUACCCCUCUAGAGACAUCAGAAACAUUGUUGAGGCCAACAAUCGUGUUAAAGUGGAUAACAGUUUGGUCACACCUUACCGGUGCCUUGGUGAGUAAGGAAGUCAAACAUCAUUAAAUUAGCUGUCCUGCUUAAAGCUUUUUAUUUUUGCGUUACAUGUUUAGUUGUUCUAGAUUUGUUUUCUUGACACAGUUGCCAUUUUCAGUAUCUUAGCCUAGAAGAAGGGGAGCAAAGAACCUAACUUUGAAACCAAUGUAAGUUCCAUCUUUCUUCUAAACAUGUUAGCAUGUACAGAUAACAAUUAAGAUGGAACUUACAUUGGAUUCAAAGUUAGAUGCUUUGCUUCCCUUCUUCUAGGCAAAGAUACUGAAAAUUUGCCAUGCUGAAAAUGGCAACUGUGUCACAAAUGUCUCAAGCUGAGAUUGAGCUAGGAUCAAGAUUGAAGUAAAAAUUAUCAUAAUGUGCAAUGUUAAUUUUCAUCUUUGGUCUGUAGCUGGCAGUUUUGAAUCAGAUGCCCUGCUGGUGCCUCCAAAGUGCCGUUUUGAGCACAUGCACUCCGACAGUCAAUGCAAGUCACAUGACGAGUGGCGCAAGCAAGCCUCUGACAAGUGCAAAAGUGAAAACAUGACCCUGGGUGAUUAUGGCGUCCUCAUUCCGUGUGAAAUUGGACUUUUUACUGGUGUGGAAUUUGUGUGUUGCCCUGAAGAUGGUGGAGAAAUAGCCACUGAAGCUGUAAAGGUUGUGGAUGUUUCUGUUGUUUCAAGCACUUCCAAGCCAGUAAGCGUUCUGGAACACUUGAAGAGUGAGAUUAGCAAAUUUGCAAAGCAUGUUGAAGCAAGUUUAAUUGGUAUGUAGAUGUUCAAUUAUUCAUUUUACUCCCAGAAUUGUAGAAGUGUUAUAAUGUAGCUCGUAUGUGAUGACAUAUUUUUCAAACAUCUUUUUUUAUUUUUGACAAUAUGCUUGUGGAUCAGUCAGUCAAUAAUACAUGUUGUUUUUUUUAGGGUGUGAUCCAAAGAAAUACCAUGAUAAGCGUGAUCAGAUGGAAGACACUCAUCGACAGAAAGUUCAGGACUUGUUACAACAGUGGCAGCAGGCUGAAAAGCGCUACAAGCUGUUGAAGAGCGGUGAUGAGAAUCAGGCAACUGGUGCUGUAGCUGGUAAGUUUUUGAUUAACCCUUCCACUCUAACAAUCAAUCACAAAAUCAUCAAAUGUGCCAUUUGUAGUGAAUAGUAUGGGUUUAUUUCCCAUAUUGAACAACUAACAAUCAGACAUUAGUUUAUACCAAAGGCUUUAGAUUUGUCCUAGUUGCCUUUCUUUUGUGGUGACUCUUGAUGCUCACGAAGCAAAACUAAUAUUGUCAACUUUCGCCUUGCGGACACCCUGCCAUAAUGGACAACUCAAAAAUAUGGACAGCAGCUAAAUCCCCGGCAAAAAUGAAUUAGAGAAGUUUGACUGAAAUAAACUCCUGCUAUUCCGGACUCUCGCCAAUGAGGACACUAACUCAAGGUCCCUACAGUGUCCGCUAUGAAGGGAGUUGACUGUAUAUGGCAUCUAAUGAGAUACUGCAUGAACGGAUUUUUUUAGAUGAACUUGAAAGCUUCAAGAACAUGCUGAACUCCUUUGAUGAUCAGGCCAAGCUGGAACGUUUACGACUGAAGGAAGAGCACCAUCAAUGUACCCAGAUAAACCUCAAUGACAAGAAGAACCAGGCCCUACGUGACUUUGUAGCUGCUAUUGAGGAGGAACCUAGAGAUGGUGACAAGAUUAAGGAAGCCCUGAAGCGGUAUUUGACCUCCUGCACAAAAGAUCGUCUUCACAAGUAAGCCAAUAAGGGGAAAUAUUACUUUGUUAAUUUUCUGUUGUGUAAGAAAAAAAAACAGAACUGUAUUCUCACUGUGUUCUUACCAGGAUUUUCUACAGUGGGGUCUACAGGACCCAUAAAGAAGCUACAUUUGUAAAAGGGCGUCAUCAGGGAGAAAAGCGGGUCACAAUUUUUAGAGGCAGUUAACUCAAAGUCUUCCUCAAAAACCUGAGUUAGAGUAAAUACCUUGUACUUUCUUAGAUAAUAAAUAUUUAAUUUGUACAGGCAUUUUAUAGCUCUGAGCUAGAGUAAAGACACCAUAACCAACUAAAUUUUGGCUUAUUUUAUAAGGAAAUAUACGUAUGUGUACAUACGUUUUAUGUUUUUUUUCCUUUGCGCUCUUGGGACCUUUCAGGGCUAAUUAUAGUGCGGCAUUUCCUGAAGAAGUGUGGCAAUGCCGCAAUGCUGCAGUUUGGUAAGAACACCGUUCUCAUAGGGUAGCACAUGGUACAAUUUAUUACUGAAAUAAUUUAUUGUUGCCGAGUAUAGUAAGCAAAAAAACAGCACCCUGUGGGUCUGAGUUGUUCUCCAUACACACCCAGAGAAAAUCACUACAAAAGUGAAGAGCAGAGAAAACAUGAAACUGGGCAGGCUUGCAUGUACUGAUGCUUUUCUUGAACCCAACAUUUUUAUUUUUCAGCUUGCGUUACUUUGAGUAUGUUCAGAAACACCGCCCAGAGAAAGCUGAAGAAGCUCGAGAGGCUCUACAAACCCACUUGAAACUUAUAAAUAACCUUGUUAAUGAGUCCUUGAUUUUGCUGUACAAACUCCCAGAGAUUGCUCGUCAGUUCCAAGUCAACUUGCCUGACUGGAUUCCUAAACCUCCUGCUCUGGUAAGUGACCAAGUUCUGAGUUAAAAUGUAGUUUAACAGGGCUCAAGGUUAAAAAACCCUCAGGUUGCCUUAUGGCGGCCAACUAGGCAAAUAUAGUCGCCAGAUGCAAAUUUUUAGCCAGUUAGUAUAAUGUAAAUGAUGCAGCUCAUAGUAUGGUGCGAUCCAUCAGAUUUGAUUGUUUGAAAUUAUCAGGGACAGAAGUCGGUAUAAAUUUAGAGGUAAACUGGCUUUGUUUAUGUGGUUUGGCACAUUUUUUUAUGAUGACAGCAAAGCAGGAUAAGAUGAAAUGUUUGUUUUAACUUUACUUUUUUAAUUUAAAUCUAAAUUAUAAAGAAAUGUGAUGGCCAAAGUGGUGACUAAACCAGAAUUUUAGUCACCAAGGAGAAAAUAUUAGUCGCAUUGGUGACCAUAUCCGUCACAAUUUCGAGCCUUUUUUAAUGUAAGAGGCAAGGUCAUUUUUUGGCCAAGAAGAAGUGUGUCAUGAUAUGUAAAACACUUUGUACCCUACACAUUAUUGACAAUAGUACAGUCAAACUUCCAUGAGUAACCACCUGUUACAACCAUCCACCUUUACAAAACACCAGAAUUUUCUCAGGCCACUCAGUUCAGUUGGUGUCUCGUGUAAAUGACAACCUACUGUAAGUGACUGUGACCACGUUAAGCAGUGACUCGUUAUUAAUUUACUUUGUUGUUACCUUCUUUUUUGAUUCCCAUGUUCACUGUAUGAACUAUGAUACUGGAAGUAUAGGAAAAUUUUGUUGGUGAAAACAUGUCACUGUUCAUAUGUUACUUGACAUUUUGUGUUCCUGUUCACUUGAACAGUCCACAGAAGCACCAACAGAUUUUACUCGACAUUUUGUGGCCAUGCUUCAACAACCAACAGAGAAGCCAGCAUUAUUUCACUUGACAUUUUGUGUAUAUAUUCACUUGAACUGCCCACAGAAAAACCAACAUAAUUUUCUUGACAUUUUGUGGUGGUGUUCACUUGAACAGCCAACAGAGAAACUGACAUAUUUUGCUUGACAUUUUGUGGUCAUGUUACUUGAACCACCUACAGAUAAACCAACAUAUUUCACCUGACAUUUUGUGUUUAUAUUCACUUGAACUGCUCACAGAAAAACAACAUGUUUUACUUAACAUUUUGUGGUCAUAUCACUUGAACAAGCUUCAGAGAAGUCAACAUAUUUUACUUGAUAUUUUGUUUAUUAUGUUCACUUAAACAGCCCACAGAGAAACCAACAAUAGAAAAAAGCUCCGCAGCUAAGGAUCCUACUGACCCUCCCAGUAAAGGAGAGGAAUAUCAAGAUGAAACCGAUUCUGAAAAGGAGGAUCCUAUAACCAAAGGUGUGUAUACGUAACAGGACUUAAUCCUUCUCUUUCUUUUAACGCACAAGCAUUAUUGUUAGGGAUGUACUUAAAGAAUUUUUUUGCAAGCAUCAUUCGCGCUGGGUCAGUUUGUUCUGCAUAAAUACACUAGAACCCCGGUAACUUGAACUCAAAAGGGAAAGGAAAACAGUUCAAGUUUGAGUUAUCAUGGUUGUACUGUAUAUUGAUACCAUAAGCUUCUGCUUUUAAGCCGUGGGAUUAGGUUUAUACAGUAAUGUACAUGUAAGUGGGGAGCUUAUAUGAGGGUCAGGGAGCUUAUAACUGAAUUCUAAAGAAAGUGCCUCAAAACAAGGUAUCAAACACGGCUGAUCAAAAUACAUUCUGAAGGUACUUCUGGGGGGGCUUAUAACCGAAUUAAUUCUAAAGAAAAUGUUUAGAAACAAGGUACCUUACACUGCUGAUCAAAAUACAUGCUGAAGGUACUUCUGGAGCUGGUGGGGUGGGGGUUCUUAUAACUGAAUUAAUUCUAAUGAAAGUGUUCAGAAACAAGGUACCUAACACUGCUGGUCAAAGUACAUGCUGAAGGUACUUGUUUUUUUUUUUAAGCUUCAAAGAAAGUUUCCAAAAAGUUACAUAUAUAUUGGAUCAAUGUAGGUUUCUGGGAAACUGCCCACCUACCCCUCCCCUAACCCAACAUUUUGCCCUAAUUGAAACCUGAUGUUGAUGAUCUAAAACUACAAAUAUUUCAAUACGAGCCAGAGGGGGCGUAUAAGCGGAUGUUUUUUUGUUUACAGGUGGAUGAGGGGAGGGGGGUAGUGUUAUAAACAGAGGUUUACAGAUUUCUCUUGUCUUCCAGCUCAUGGUGUUGCCGCUGCAAGGAAGACAAACGAUGAUAAACCAGGUGAUGUUAAACCUGACCCUGGUGAUGAUGUUGAUGACGUCACUGAGAACGAGGAAGGCGAGUUCCGGAAGAGAUACCAUUCUCAAGCCACCUUCUCUGCUGUCAUUGGACUAAGCUGUGGGGCCCUGGUUAUCAUGGUGAUCAUUGUUGUUGCCAUGGCAAUGCGUCGCAGUCGCCCCAGGAAUAACACCAAGACGGUACUUGUAGACGGAGAUGAAGACAACGCCACAGAGAAAAGUCACCUUGUUAACAUGCAGGAGAAUGGCUAUGAAAACCCCACUUACCGGUUUUAUGACUACUAA